UUACUGGGUUUGGGCUCCUAACGUGGGUCGCCUACUUGUAACUCUAUCGCAUGAGGCAUGCUGCUUGCUUGCUUGCUUAUAAGCAGCAACACAGGCACUCCCCUUUCUGGUUUGUUCUGUUCACUACCGGAAGGGGAAGGUUGAAGAACAUGGCAGCGGCGAAUGUUCAAUCCGUCUCCUUUUCUGCCUUUCCCCACAAGCUUUUCAUUGGAAGGAAUUCCGUGAAAGUUGUGGGUAUGCUCUCUUUCUUAUCCAGAACCAACGUUUCGACGUCUCUCACGGCCCGCUUUCUCUCACUUCACGUCAGACAGAAGCGUCCCAAGGAUCCACUGAAAGUGAGAUCAGUGGCUGCUCCUGCAGAAGAGGUUGCUGGGUUUGAUCACAUGGUUUGAUGACAUGGCAAGUUAAGGUGUUACUUUGUAAGGUUAAAAUUGCAUUCCUUUGUAAUUACUUUUUCUACUAUUCUUCUUUUCUCUUUUCUGUCUCCUUCAUGUUUGGUAUCUUGCUAACAUUUAUUUCUUAAAUUAAUGGAAGGGCAAUGC